AUGAGUAACGUAUCUGGUACAGUUCUGUAUUUUUCACUGUCUGGCUUCAGCGCAACAUCCAACUACAGAGCUGUGCUCUUCUCUCUGACUUUACUAUGCUAUUUUCUUAUUGUCUUUGUGAAUAUGUCUCUCCUUUUAACCAUAAUAUUCGAUCGAAACCUCCAUAAACCCAUGUAUAUAUUUUUGGGGGUUUUGUGUUUUAAUGGACUUUAUGGAGCUGCGGGAUUUUACCCCAAAUUUGCCUUUGAUCUGCUGUCUGACAUCCAGGUGAUUUCAUAUGUGGGAUGCAUGUUGCAAGUUUUUGUGAUUUAUUCCAACGUGAAGGUGGACUACUCCAUACUGAUGGUGAUGGCCUACGACAGAUAUGUGGCCAUAUGCCGGCCCCUGGAGUACCACUCUGUCAUGUCUGUGAGGAAGACCGCAGUGUUAGUGAGUCUGUCCUGGAUUAUUCCUUUCUGCUCUCUAACUAUCAUCAUAACCUCAACUUCAAGACUCAAACUGUGCGGUUCACAAAUCGACAAACUUUACUGUGAGAACUGGUCAGUGGUUAAACUUGCAUGUGGCUCAACGAAAACGAACGACAUCCUUGGAUUGAUUGCUAUUUCCUUUUAUAUAUGUCACUUUCUCUGCAUUGCACUGUCGUAUAUACAGCUAGUAAUGGCAGCUUUAAACUCCAAGGAAGGCAGGAGGAAGUUUAUUCAGACAUGUUUGCCACAUUUAUUUUGUCUCUUUAAUGUCACAACUGCUCUGCUUUUUGAUGUAAUGUACACGAAGUAUGGAUCAGCCUCUAUGACGCAGAAUUUAAGGAAUUUUAUGGCCGUUCAGUUUCUGGUUUUUCCACCGAUUAUGAAUCCUAUUAUUUAUGGACUCAUCCUGACAAAAAUUCGAAACCGAAUGAUGUAUUUGUGCAUGACACUCCUGAGAUCAAGAUUGAUGCAAGCCAAAGACAAAGACGACGACGUGAUGAAAAAGAUGUACAAGACCGGCCGAGAUAACUCACCUUCCGGCGUCGGGCUCUUCACAUGCCGCAGCUGA